AAAUAAAAAUAAAAUAAUACCCCUGUGCUUAUUUCUUUAUUUUAGGAAACUAAAGUUUUGCAUUUAUGGAGCCACAGACCGCAAAGACUGCUGCAGGCCAUUUGAUUCUUCUUUGCUAACCUUUUUCACGUAAGAAACAUGUAUAACAAAGCUACAGGCAUUCUACAAGUUACUAGACGUCUAUCGCGUUUAAUAUCAUGAGAAUUCUGUUUACAUUUCCUUAGAGCACAGUAGGUAAAUCCAUGGCAAAACCUUCACUUCAUUCGCUUCGCUUGUUGUUCACAUUUUAAUAGUCACGAUGCAUAAAUACAUGCCGAUGAACAACAAAGAUACCCCAUCGUUCUCUAAAAUACAUCCAGUAGAUCUGGUUAUAAAUAAUUCUCCAGGGGAUCGAUUAAGCACCUUCAAAAACAUUCACAAUCUGAAUACACCCCUCCCUCCUUCUUUAACGCAACCCAGAGAUCAAUUCAAAUUAGAAACCACCCCGGUGAAAAUAUAAUGAAUCAUCUCCUCAGAUGAAUUGACGAAUGUGAUUACAGCCAUGAAGGGUCCUAUAUAAGGACCAACUUGCCAGUUACAACCUCAGAGCAUAACAAAGUAACCAAGAGAACAGAAGCGCGUUCAAAACGCACUACAAAAGAAAUAAGAGAGAAGACCAAGUUUACGCAGGCAGAAACAACGAUGUUCGCCAUGGAGAGACCCGUGAAAUUUGCCUUGGUUUUCAUAGCGAUCUCCAUGCUGAUCUCCUGCCACCCUACAGAUGCGUGGUACAAGCAGGCGACCGGCCCCAGCUACUAUUCGGUCGGUAGAGCGUCCGGUUUGCUGUCCGGGAUCCGAAGGUCACCUUACGUACGGAGAUCAGAAUCCGAUUCUGAGGAUGGUGAGGCAACCGUCAACAACCUCCUCUCUGAGCUAGGUACCCAGCCCAGACAAACACCCAUCCUCAAAAACAUGGCUGUUUGUGUCAAAGACAUCUCUCCCAACCUGCAGAGCUGCGAGCUGGUUCAGGACGGCAUGAACACGUUUCAGUGCAAAGCGGACGUGUACCUUUCCCUGGACUCACAGGACUGCGCCAACGCCUAAUCUCCCCAUUACGAGAACACACUACACACAACACACAACGUCUCUUCCUCGGAAUACGACUACAAACAAAAAGUAAUGGACCGAAGACAUUGAAUGUUUAUCAUUUGCACCAUCUGUGAACAUGUCACAUCCAUAAAAAAACAAACAAAAAAAAACCCAAAGUACGAUGUGAGAGAAAGGUCAUUUCACCUCCCCCUCCCCUAACCCCCUUCACCUCUCUAUACGAUGUGUCCACUUGCAAUGUAUUAAAAGUCUCAUAAAUUGUUUACUGCUGAGCAGAUUUUCUGAGUUAAAAUAUUUAUUUCUAUUUUUAAUUAAAAUGAGCAUAUACUGUGAAUUCUAUCUAUGUGUACAUUUGUAUUUAUGUUCUAUAAAACAAAAAGUUGAAACAUAAUUUGUUCCAUGUAAUAUGUCAGCCUUUAAUGUGUCUUGUUUGAGAGUCUUUUAAAAGGUAAACCACCAUAUAUGCAAUUCUCUGCUUUAUUUUAAAUUCAACUCUGGUUUCACAGACCCUGAUUGGCAUUAAUCUUUGAAUACCUAAUCACACCACCAGGUAAUUUAGUGCCAGUCGAGGUCUCUGAAACCACCUGCAAAUCAUUAAUAGUGGAAUGGCUUUGG